AUGGUUUCUAUGAGGCAGAGCAACAUCGAAAGAAGACGCGCAAGGGAUGAAUGCCGUGAAAAGCUCUCAAAACACAUUCACCAAAGACUAGGCAUUAAGGUAAAAGCCGCAGAUGUUCGCCUUAACCCCCGCCCAAAUGAUCCAUAUGCUUGGAGAAUUCUGCCGGGUGAGGAGCAUUCUCUUUCCAGGGUGUUCGUCAAGAAUUUAAGCGACCAUUUCAUUGGUACUUUCCGACUGCUAUGUAGGGAAAUUGGAAUGACCUUUGAGGCCGUGCUUUCAAGCACA